GCUCGGAGCGUCGCCUCACUUCAACCACAGGCUGAGACACGCGCGUUUCUCUUCUCGAGAGUAACCCAGGAUUAAAUCAGCUCAAGGUUUAGUUUAUGGAGUGCUACUGAUUUCGCUCUACCUUCAAAUAAAAAUCCACUACUAAGGACCACUACAGGUACCUCUGCACCCGACGUUUAUUCUUGUUUACGAGUGUAGCACCAUGGUCAGACCCAGCAAGCAACUCAACGGGUUUGUGCCGGCGUUGAAUGGCUACCAACUCAAUGCGCACACAUACAGGACAUUCAGGUCCAAGGCGGAGUACCAGCUGGUGCAUGGUGCAUGGUGUCGUCUCCAGGAGUGUGGCUUCUACUGGGCCUCCAUUAGUGGCAAGGAAGCAGGCAUCCUCCUGGAACAGGAGGCGAUCGGCACUUUCCUGAUCCGUGACAGCCAGGACCGGCGGCACUUCUUCACGCUGAGUGUCAAGACAUCAUCUGGCACCAAGAAUGUCCGUAUCCAGUGUGACAACCGCUCAUUCUUCCUGCAGACAGCUCCUGAGUAUGAGUGGAUAGCACCACGGUUUGACUGUGUGGUCAAGCUUGCAAACCACUAUGUUAAUUCUCAGAAAGAGCCAAAGGACAACUCACAAAAUUUCUUCAUCUACUCAGGAGGGGAGAAGAUUCCCCUUGAACUGUGCAAACCCUACUACAAGGCAAUGUCCUCUCUGCAGCACCUGUGCAGAAAGACAGUGAAUGGCCACACGAAGAUCUUGGGCAGGAGACAUGAGCUGCCUAAGCCCAUAAAUGACUUUCUGAGUCUGUAUGAUUCUCCUAUUUAAAUGGCAAAUACCGGUGAUGUGAUGUAGCCACACUGAUAUUGUGGAUUUUGAGUAAAACGGCUAAGGGAAUAAAAAUGUGAUGGGAUCAUUGCGAUCAAGAAAUUCUAUGAUGACUGAAAUAUAGUGAUGAAAGUCAAAAAGCUAGAGGUAGAUGUAGACUAGAAGAAAAAUGAGACUGAGCUCAGAAAGGUGAAAUUGCAAACUCCUCCAGUUUCAGAGAGUUUGAGUUUUGGGUUAGUCAACACAAACCAUGAGGGCUGCUAUUGGUCAUGUUGGGAGAAUCGACCCCACUUUACUCCCUCGGACAUACUUAUUUGCACAAUAAAUUAACUUCGAGACAAUUGUCCACUGUUAGUUCUUUUGGCAAAUGCAACAAGAUGAGAAGAGUUCGCGAGUAUAAAAACUGUCUUUGUGAAUGGAACUGUUGCACUAUUUCUCUGCCCUAGUAACAUGAUCCCAAUUUUCCUGGCCCAGUGGGAAUUGGCCUUAGCCUCUUCAGUACUGAAAAUAAAAGGAACAAUCUUGUCUAGACUUUUAAUGGAAUCCAGUCACCACCACCUUCCAAAGAAUCAUUGUGCCUUUCAAAGAAAGAGGAAGAACUAAACAUGCAGCAGCACAACAACCAAGCCAGGAGAGAAGUUUGAGACAUCACAAAGAAAGAAAUCUUUCAACUACUUUAAAUUUUGACUAGUAAACAUGUAUGUAAAAACAGGCCAGUAAAGGAAUGGAAAAAAAACCCCUUACUGUAAUUUUUAUUUACUUUUUUUUUUUGGUAUUUUUUUUUCAUUUUUAUUUAUUUUUAUGUACUUCACUUGAUUUUGAUUUUUAUUUUUUCCGGGUAAAUUUCUUGUGUGAGAAUGUGAGAAGGCAGUAGCAGAAAGCGCUUGCUUAUGCUAUUUGAUCUUGAAACUUAAUUCUGUCAGAUGGACCAACCUCCAUCCUCAUAUCAUCUUGUUCUUGUUUACAUUGUGUAAAUGUGAAGAUUAUGUUAAAAUCUGCUGUUGUUUUAGUGCUACAUCUUUUAAUGUGACUACAUAUGAAUGAUAAAAAAAAGAGAAACUCCAGAGAAACGGCAACAAACACAAGCAGACUGAACAUAUUUGCACAAUAUUUAUAUUUCUAAGCAUAUUUAUAAUAAAGUGCACUAUUUUUUCUAACAA